AACUCGGAUCUUUUAUAAACUUUAGCAUCUUGAUACCGAUGUACGGUUUGAUUUCCGAAUAUUAAUAACUCCACGAAAAUCCGAAACAAUGCCAGUGAGAGUCGAGGAGAGCACACCUUCUCAAGUUUCAGGUAGCAAUUCCGGAGAUACUUCACCCCCAGCUUGUUCACUUCUGAGUGUUGGACAGACAUUUUCUGGUACACAAAAUGUCUCUAGUUUACAAAAAGAGGAAGCUUGGAGAGUAAAUGUCCGAAUACAAGGAUGUGAUCUCGAACAUGGGUAUCUUUGUGGGACAAUGGAAGCUCUAAAUGUUCCUAUGGCUGAUACACCAAUUGUGGUAACCUUUUGGGAAGGGGAGAUUGUUGAUACAAAGAAUUAUACUUUCUAUACCGGCAAGUGGGAAGCAUCGCCAGAGGAUGAUAAAAUGCAUUGGUCAAAGUUUCCAUCUUUUUCGCCACUUCUGAGUCAAGUAGAGGUCGAUGGUGGAAAAUCUUUGGACCUGAGUAGCUAUCCGUACAUUUUUAUGAGAUGGAAAGAGCAAUACUUUGUAAAUGUUGGAACAGACUGCGGGCUGACCAUAGCCGGGUUUUACUACGUUUGCUUCUCUUGUAGCGAUGGUUCUAUCAGUGGCUUCUAUUAUGAUCCUAAUAGCAGCCCUUUUCAGAAGCUUGAGCUGAAACCAACAAACGAAGGAAGAUCAGGAUUCAGUUUUUCGUCAUACGAAUUGCAGUGAAUAAGAAUGCAGGAUGUGAAACUUCAUGACUUGUAUUUCCAUAUGCCUGUUUUUGCGAUGUUGAGACUUUGAUGAUGUAGUAAUCACCUGGAAUGUAAGACAUAUUGAUCUUUCUUCCAAAUCUUUUCGUUUGAACGUAA